AUGGAUGUCGGAAAAUCAAGAAAAAUUCGAGAAGGACACAGACAAGCAACGAGAAAACUAAUUCAUACAGCAAACGAAGCUAUCAACGCGGUGUCUGAGGCGGAAACGCUCAGUCGCGAGGACAAAGUGAAACUACAAUUAAACAAGAAUCUUUUGACGGAACAAGAUAAAAAUUUGGACGAGUUUAAUUCUAAAAUAUUAGCUGGGAUAAAGAAAGUCGAAGAUAUCGAAGAAGAAGUGCUCGAGGCCCUUGAAUUUAAGCAGGAAAUACAGCAUGUUUUAGUACAAAUCAAAUUGUUGUUAGAAGACGACGAAAUAGCUAGACAGUGUAGACAAGAAUUGCAAAAUGUAGCAUUGCCAUCGCUCAGUGAAAUUAGUACCAGUAUGAAAAAGAUGAAUUGCAAGUUGCCAAAAUUAUCUUUACAAACAUUCAACGGCGAUCCAGCAAAUUGGAGUUUGUUUUGGGAUACGUUUGAAUCGGCGGUUGACAAGAACUCACAGCUCUCAGAAAUCGACAAAUUUAACUAUCUCAAAGGACAACUUAGCGGAAAAGCGGCAACAACAGUAGCAGGUUUUUCAUUGACGGCGGAGAACUACAGGGAAGUGAUUAAACUGUUGAAAGAGUGAUACGCGAAUCCUCAACUUAUCAUUUCGAGUCAUAUGGAAAAACUUCUGAAGCUAAAUACAGUACACGAUGCGAACGAUGUAUUGAAAUUACGGGUGUUAUACGAUCAGAUUGAAACAAACAUUCACAGUUUAAAUGUGCUAGGCAUAAAACCAGAGCAAUUUGAAUAACUUUUAGUUCCAGUAAUCUUAACAAAAAUUCCCAGCGAGCUACAAAUCAUAAUAAGUCGAAAAUUUGACAAAAAUACUUGGGAUUUUAAUCUGCUUUUCGAGACAUCUAAAGAAUUGUUACAAGCAAGAGAACAAUGCACGGCAGUUUCACUUUAUGCAAGUAGCAGUUUAGCAAAUAAAGGUCAUAAUCGAAGUAACUUUGACUAUAUGAAACCAAAGGGUGCAUUUUCAGCGUCUAGUCUAAUGACUGUGCAUAAACAAUCAAUUCCAUGCAUGUAUUGUAGACAGAGCCAUGCCCAUGCAAAUUGUCAAGUUGUCACAGACAUUAACGCGCGAAAACAAAUUCUACAAAAUAGUGGCCUAUGCUUUAAAUUGUUUGCGAAAAAACCACAUUGUAAGAGAGUGUAAAUCCCCGGGACGGUGUAGUAAGUGUCAAGGUAAACACCAUACAAGCAUUUGUGAAAUCCAUAAUCGUAAUAGUUUUAUGAUGCAAGAAACGUAGUACGAGACACAAGAACCCAAAACAUGCAACACACACAGUUUCCUACUACCCCACACCCCCAGAUUCCUACUACCCCACACCACCAGAUUCCUACUACGCCACACCCACAGAUUCCUAUAACCCAACGACAACAACAGCAAUCCCAUCGAGAAAUACUUUGAGCGGAAGUUUCUGAAGCCUCAGUGGCUAACCCAACUACGAACUUGUACACAACAGCUAAAACCGGUAUAUUAUUACAAACAGCUCGCGCAAUUAUAUCAAACCCGAAUGUUGGAGAACGUUCUAAGAAUAUUCGCUUAAUUUUAGAUUUGGGGAGCCAAAAAAGCUAUAUCACGGAGAGCUUGACCUUACGGCAGUUAAUAGGGAAACAUUGGUUGUGAAGACGUUCGGUAAAACAACAGAGACGGCACGGACUUGUGAUGUUGUUCAGACAAGUGUGCGACUAUGAAUAGUGAUCUUAAUCUAUAUGUCAGUUAUGUAGUUCCAGUGAUAUGUUCACCCCUUACCCACCAACCAGUCCAGUUUGCCUCAAGUCACUACUCCCAUUUAAGAAAUCUCUACCUUGCAGAUUCAGGAAGCAAUGGCCAAGAGCCUUCUGAUAUUGAUAUGUUGAUAGGAGCAGAUUUCUUUUGGCAUAUUGUCUCGGGCAACGUCAUACGGGGGGAGCACAGCCCUAUCGCGAUGGAAACAAAGUUAGGAUACGUCCUUUCUGGCCCUGUAACAACUCCCCACACAAGCGAUGACACUGUCACCAACUUUCUCACCACCCACCUUCUACGAGUUGACACAACCGAGCCAGAGGAUUCAUUGAAUGUGGACUUGCACAGUCAGUUGAAGAAAUUCUGGGAAUUAGAAGCGAUCGGUGUUAACCCUAACAAGAACCCAGUACAUGAGCAAUUUAAGGAGACAAUCGAGUUCAAGGACGGUCGCUAUGAAGUAUGUUUACUGUGGCGAGAAAGUCAUCCCGUCUUACCCGACAAUUUUGAAUUGAGUGAACGAUGCCUUGCAUCCCAUGUGAAACGGUUGACAAAGGACCCCAAGCUACUCCAAGAGUAUGACGAGCUAAUCAAGAAACAGAUCGAGACAGGAAUAGUUGAAAAGGUUCCCGAAGGUGCCAGUUGCACGCCUGGAAAGGUACAUUACUUGCCCCAUCAUCCCGUGAUUUGCAGGGAGACAAGCAAACAACCAAGGUCCGUGUAGUGUACAACGCCAGUGCGAAAACCACCAAAACAUCUCUAAACUCAUGUUUGAAUGCGGGACCUUCUCUUUUACCAAAGAUAGUCAAUGUUUUGAUUCGUUUUCGUUUCCACAAGAUUGGGUUGAUAGCGGAUGUAGAAAAAGCGUUCCAUCAAAUUUCCAUAUCCACGGAGGACAGAGAUGCCUUGCGCUUUCUCUGGAUAGAUAACAUUGCAAGUGAAAAUCCAGUCUUCGGUGUGACUAGCAGCCCGUUUCUGUUAAAUGCCACCAUAGCUCAUCACAUCAAUAGUUUCGUGAAUGAUCCUGACUUCAUCACCGCCUUCCUGUCUUCCUUGUACAUGGACGAUUUUAGCGGUGGAGCCGGUACAAUACCGACAGCGUACGAGUUAUAUCUGAAGAGUCGACAGCGCAUGUCAGAAGGGGGAUUUAGUCUCCGGAAGUGGGCAACCAACGAUCCAACUUUGCGAGAGGAGAUCGCAAGCCACGAGGUUGAUAACUCUGUAACUGAGAGAACGUCCGAGAAGCAAAUUGCUGAAGACGACCAAACUUAUGCCGCAUCAUCAUUGGGUACGAAUGUAACGGACAGUUGUGAAAAUAUUCGUAAGGUGCUUGGAUUACAAUGGAACACGAUGGAAGGGUUCGAGGAGCUGUUGUCAAGAUUGCAAAGGAAGACGGGUUACGAUGUUACGACAGACCUAUUAAAAAGUUGUAUCCCUUGGAGGUGAAUUACGAGUCUAAUGAAACCGAAUCUACAACCGAUCAAGAGCCUGAGAUUGUGCCUGUUCGAAGAUCAACAAGAACUGCAGCAGUUGUGGGAAAUCACCGCAGACAAUUAAUUGACCAGUGGAUAAAUGAAAUGGACUAA